AUGAGUAAAAAUGACAAUGAUCGAUUUAAUUUGAUCAAAACAUUUAUAUUAAAAGAUGGUGACAAACAAACAUAUUGUAAUAUGUAUAACAACAAUCCACAUUAUAAUUUGAAUGAUUUUCAAAUCUAUUUGAAUCCAUCCAUUGGUCAAAAAAAUAUAUCGUGUGAUCCAAAAUUAUCCGAUUUUAAUGAAAUUGUUGUGCAUGAUAUUAGUUCAGAAGAUAGAUAUUAUCGAAUUAAACUCAACAAUGAUAAUACAGUGACCUUUGAUCCACAAAAGAGUGAACUUUAUUUCAAUAAAAUAUGUACUUUAAUCGAUGAAUGUAAUCAAAAUAACAAAAACUAA